AUGGAUGGGGAAGCCCUUGAAACGGCAUCAGUUCAGCUCCUUCUGUGGUCUGCGCUGACCCAAUAUGACCCUGCUCUAAUCAAGAUCGGCGGCGUGGGUCUGGGCUCCGCCGAUAAGAUGAAGCGUGCCAAAAACAACUCCAACACCGCCCACUUAGCCGCUAUAACCCAAUCUGGGGUCACUUUGCGAAACCCCACGGCGUCCAUUUCAAGGUUUUGGGGUUGGUUCAAUCUUCCUGUACGCACCUUCUUAGCUGAAUACAGCCCUGCUGGAGUGCCGACAGACGCUAGCCGUUUUGCCAGUGCAUGGUUGGGGAAUGAGGAGACCGAAGAUACUCAAGAUCCUCGGAGAUAA